GUCCGCUAGGGUGCAUCUAACUUUAGAAACGCGGACGUGUCCAAGCGGUACUGUUUAUCUCGUAUAUAAAUUUCACCAAAAAUAGUACGGCACUAUACGGAACUCGAACGCAGAAUUAUUCCCCUGAAUAUGACGUCGCUGUAUUAACGCGUUUGCUGUAAUUCUCAUUCGCAUAGGUUCUUAUUUAUGGCUGAGAAGUGACAAGAACAUUGAACACACAAGGAUCAAGUAUGCGUUCUGUACGACUGCUGUCAGGAUAUGAUAUGCCCACUGUAGGACUAGGAACGUGGCAGUCUAAGCCAGAAGAAAUUGAAACUGCCGUGAGUAGCGCUCUAGAAUGUGGUUACAGACAUAUCGACACAGCGAGCAACUAUAACAAUGAAGAAGCUAUUGGCAACGCCUUGAAAAAGUGGUUCGAGAAAGGUGGCACCAGAGAAGAACUUUUUAUUACAACAAAGUUGCCUCACUUUGGCAAUCGACCCUCCGAUGUGGCAAAAUUUAUUAAAUUGUCAUUGGAGAAGCUUGGAUUGGAUUAUUUAGACAUGUAUCUCGUUCACAUGCCCUUUGCAUUUAAACUGGAUGAAGGAACACAUGCUGCGGCGACUGAUGAGGAUGGAAAUUACAUACUCGAUCUUGAUACAGAUCCUAUUUCAGUGUGGAAGGAAAUGGAGGAGCAAGUCAAGUUGGGACGUACCAAGUCUAUAGGUUUAAGUAACUUCAAUGAAGAACAAAUUUUGACUAUAUUGGAGAACGCACAAAUAAAACCGAGUAAUCUCCAGGUAGAAUUGCACGCGUACUUGCAGCAGAAAUCAAUUCGAGAAUUGUGCAAGAAGCACGAUAUCAUCGUGACAGGUUACAGUCCGCUGGGAUCUCCAGCUGCUAAGACACACUUCCGAACGAAAUAUAACUACAAUCUGGAUGAAUUUCCCGAUCUACUCAAUCAUCCGAUUGUUCAAAACAUCGCUGUGAAAUGUGAGAAAACAUCAGCGCAAGUUUUGUUGCGCUACUUACUGCAAUUGGGCAUCGUCAUUAUUCCUAAAAGCUCAUCCUCGGAAAGAAUUAAGUCAAAUAUCGAUCUGUUUGAUUUCGCUCUGACAGAGGAAGAUAUGAAACAGCUGAGUACUUUAGAUAAAAAUGCCAGUGGGAGGAUCUUCAACUUCUUAUUUUUCAAGGGGAUCGAGGAUCAUCCCCAUUAUCCGUUUAAAAGUGAACUUCCGCAAUUAUUAUAAAUUAACACGCAAGGAAUCGUUAGUUCGUAUUGAAAUA